GGUUGACCGAACACACAAAAGAUGCAUGUAUUUAGAUUUCUUCGAGCGAAAGCAAAAGAAAUUUCUUAACUUAUUAGUACGGAACAAUUGAUUUCAACAAAAUUUCUUUUAAAUAAUAAAAAUACAGGGUAUCAUCACUGUUUAAAUAAUUUCGUACUUUAAAUUGGAUAUUAAGCAAUCAAGUCUGGUGAAAUAAAGUGACAGUUUCACAUUUUUUAAAUGUAAACUAUACGAAGUAUUUAUUCAUAUAAUCUCUCAGAUAAGAUAAUUUCGUUCUAAUCAGAUAAGAUAUGAUUCAUGGCAUAUUUUGACAUAAAGAAUUUUGUAAAUUUCAAUUCCGUACAAGGAGGGAAUUUUAAAGUUUAAAUAACAUUAAUAAGAAUAUGUACGUAAUAUGUACCAUUAUGUGUUUGUGACUACGCAUCGCAUAGUCACACAUGAUAUUGUUACAUGUUAUAUAGCCGCGCAAUAUAUUACCAAGCGUUUUAUAGUUAUACGUUAUGUCACCAUGCAUUAUGUAGCUACGCGUUAUACCACGCGGUAUAUUGCCCAUUCGCGGCAAUAAGGCGAAAGAUAAAAAAUUGAUUGUCACGUUAAGUACCGUAAUUCGUAUCCUUGUUUUAUUUUGUCAUUGAACCAAGAGAAAAUGAAUCACUUCCCGUCCACGGGGAAACAAAGGAAUGCGCAACGGUAGUCUAAGUACGGUCGUUACGUGAAAAAAAUUGACGAUCACGAAAAUUGUGUCAGAUGAAACGUUUUCAUAAUUAAACGUUUCGACACAAUGUCGGCCGGCGUGGGCCAUGAAAACUAUAUGUCACAUGUAAUCAACGACACUAUGUUGUAUUUAAAAACGUUAGUUUAGAAUAUUGAUUUAAUUUAACAAAAUGUAUAAUUAUAGAUGUACGAACAAUGGAAGCAAAUCCAUAUAAGGUGUACCACUGGCAGAGUCAAAAUGUUAAGGUUUCUGGAGUGGAUGAUAUGGUUUUGCUCCCGAAAAUUAAUGAAGAUGCUAUAGUUGAAAAUCUUCGAAAGAGAUACAUGGAUGAUUAUAUAUUUACGUGUAUAGGAUGUGUUCUGGUAUCGGUGAAUCCCUUUAAACAGAUGCCGUAUUUUGGAGAAAAAGAGAUAGAGAUAUAUCAAGGAGCUGCACCAUAUGAAAAUCCCCCACACAUUUAUGGAUUAGCAGACGACAUGUACAGAAAUAUGUUAAUUGAUAAAGAAAAUCAAUGUGUUAUCAUAAGUGGAGAAUCUGGGGCUGGAAAAACUGUUGCAGCUAAAUAUAUCAUGUCCUAUAUAGCAAAAGUCAGUGGUGGUGGUGCAAGAGUUCAAAAAGUAAAAGAUGUAAUUCUAGAAUCCAAUCCUCUUCUAGAAGCUUUUGGCAAUGCAAAAACUACACGGAAUAAUAACAGUAGCAGAUUUGGAAAAUAUGUGAAGAUGCAGUUUGAUUCUGGCGGUCAAUCAAUUGGUGGAAAGAUUUUAAAUUUUCUAUUAGAGAAAUCAAGAGUCACUUGUCACAACUAUGGUGAAAGGAAUUUUCACAUAUUUUAUCAACUUGUAACUGGGACAAAUCAGCAAAUGAAAUCUGAAUUUGGAUUAACCAAUUUGGAUUAUUAUCAAUAUCUCAGUUAUGGUGGAAAUUACAAGGUUGAUGGAAUGAAUGACGCCCACGAUUUUCAAGAAACAUUAAAAGGGCUUAGUGUAAUGGGGAUAAAGGAUUCAGAGGUAAUUGACAUCUUGAGGCUUGUUGCUGGAAUACUUCAUUUAGGAAACAUUCAAUUUGUGGAGAACGGAAAUCAUUCAGAAAUUGCUGAUAAACAAUGUCUUGAUUUCCCAGCUUAUUUGCUUCAAGUAUCAGCAGAACAAUUAGCUUGUAAAUUAACAUCUCGAAAAUUUGAAUCAAAAUGGGGAGCACAGUCUGAGAGCGUCGAUGUUAUUUUGAAUGUAGAACAAGCUCUUUAUACCAGAGAUGCCUUGGCUAAGGACAUUUAUGCUAGACUUUUUGAUUACUUGGUUAAAAAAGUAAAUUCUGCGAUGGAAACGAAUACUGGUGGUCUUGAAAUUGGGAUUCUGGACAUUUACGGUUUUGAAAUCUUUGAGAGGAACGGUUUCGAACAGUUUUGUAUCAACUUUGUCAACGAAAAGCUGCAGCAGAUUUUCAUUGAAUUAACUUUAAAAGCUGAACAGGAGGAAUAUGUAGCGGAAAAUAUAAAGUGGACACCGAUAGAAUACUUCAACAAUGCAGUGGUAGUUGAUCUUCUGGAGGGAAAACGUUUACCAGGGCUUUUCUUGGUGCUGGAUGAUGUGUGUGCUACUCUUCAUGGAGGAAGCACUGGAGCUGAUGCAGAUUUGCAGAAAAAAUUGUCAGGAGUAGCCAACAAACAUGAGCAUUACCAAAGCACAAGUGAGGGGUUCGCUAUUUAUCACUAUGCAGGAGUAGUCUCCUACUCAGUUGAUGGUUUCUGUGAUAAAAAUCGCGACGUACUAUUUUUGGAUCUCGUGGAAUUAAUGCAAUCCAGCACGAAUUCUUUGAUUCGCACGUUAUAUUUGCACGGUACUCAAACAAAUAAAACAAAAACGCUGAAGUCGAGGCCUACCACUGCUGGUAACAAAAUACGAGAACAAGCUAGUCAGUUGGUCAAUCAGUUGAUGAAAUGUACUCCGCAUUACAUCAGGUGUAUCAAACCAAAUGAAACGAAAAGACCUCGAGACUGGGAUCCAGUUAGAGUGAAACAUCAGGUAGAAUAUUUGGGUUUAAAAGAAAAUAUAAGAGUACGUAGAGCUGGUUUCGCAUACAGAAAAUCGUUCUCUAAAUUUUUAUAUAGAUAUGGAAUCCUCACGAAACAAACUUGGCCACAUUGGUCCGGGGAUGAAAAACAAGGAGUAGAAUGGAUAUUACAGAGUCUUCAUAUAGAUAGAUCUCAGUAUCAGCUUGGUAGAACGAAAUUGUUCAUAAAGGCUCCUGAAAGCCUGUUUAUGUUGGAAGAAGCAAGAGAUAGAAAGUACAAUUCAUAUGCAAGAGUUAUUCAAAGAGCAUUUAAAAAGUAUUUUGCUCGAAAGAGACAAAAUCAAGAGAAGCAACAAGCAGCUGAUUUAUUGUUUGGUCGAAAAGAACGGAGACGAGCAAGUUUGAAUCGAAAUUUUGUAGGCGACUACAUAGGAUUAGAAGGAAAACCGCAGCUAAUGAAUCUAAUUGGAAGAAGAGAAAAAGUUUUCUUCGCUGAAAUAGUAAAGAAGUAUGAUAGAAGAUUUAAGAUAAGUAGAAGAGAUCUUAUUUUAACUAAUAAAUAUUUAUAUCUAAUUGGUCGAGAACAAAUUAAAAAAGGUGUGGAAAAGAAAAAAUUAGUAGAAGUUAUAAAAAGGAAACUCGCAUUCAAUCAAAUUAGUCACGUAUCAUUGAGUACGCUUCAAGAUGAUUUUCUUAUUAUACAUACAAAAGAUGAUUAUUGCAGUUUAUUGGAAUCAGUGUUUAAAACAGAAUUCUUAAUUAAUCUUAACAAAAGAUAUCUUGAAGAAACUGGACACAUCUUAAACAUCAAAUUUAGUAAUAAUUUAGAAUUUAAGCUGAAGAAAGAAGGUUGGGGAGGUGGAGGUACAAGACAGCUAAAAUUCACUCAAAUUGAUUAUGGUGAUAAAGAAAUUCUAAAACCAAAUGGGAAGACUCUCAAUGUCUGGAUUGGACCAGGAUUACCAAAUACCACUAAACCAAAUACAAACGUAUCAACAACGACGUCAAAAAACAAACCUCACAAAGUGAAACAUAAUAAUUCUUUUUCAUCAACUGCUCCAUACUCAGUUGCAAACAAACCUGCUCGAGCUGUAAUCAUAGAAAGAAAUCAAAGUAUGCGUCAACAGCAUAAACCUGAUUAUAUAGUUGCUUCAAAACCAGCUGUACCAUCGAAUAGACCUACUUUACGUAUGCCGGUGGCAAAAUUACCGACACAAGAGAAGAAACAAACAACAAAACAACCGGGAAAACUAGCGAAUAAUUCUGUACCUUUGAUGGGCAUGUUCGCCAAUCCUAAAUCUGUACCGCGGGGCUUGCUGAGAUUUCCACCUCCACCCUCUGAACCACCUCCGCCUCAGACACCAGGAACUAUGCCUGCAGGAUUUAGGCUUCCAGCACUUAAUAAUAACCAAAGUACAACGUGUAAUAAAGAAAUGCAAACAGUUAAAGAAUGGAAUACUAAACAAACAGUAAAUAAUAAUAACAACGAAGCUAGUGCGUCUCGGGCUCCAAAUGUUAAGCCAAGGUUACCAAAAGUAAAAGCUUUAUACGACUACAAUCCGCAAGAUCUCGAUGAAUUAGAACUUAAGGAAGGUGAUAUCCUUGAAGUACUCAAAGAACAUGAAGGUGGUUGGUGGCACGGAAUGUUAAAUGGAAAAACAGGGCUUUUUCCAUCUAAUUACGUUGCUAAAUUAUAAAAUUUUGCGGUCAAAACUCCAGUAUUAUCUCUUAAAAUAUGUUUCUCAGGGAACAAAUGAAUAAAUCGAAACUUUCAAAAACAAUAUAUAUUUUGGCCUUAAACUGUGCUAAAAUUCUAUAAACUACUCAUAAGAUAUUUGUAAUCAGAAUAAGUAAAUUACAAUUUAGAUCAAUUUUUCAAAUACUGGAUUAGCAGUGGAAAAUGUUUACAUAAAAGUGAAAUCAAUUACAUAUUGUAUUAUACUGCAUUUGUAAGAAUAAGUUUCUGUUAAGAAAUUGUAUUAAAGUGUAUAAU